AUGUAUAUAUAUUUCUUUAUUUAUUUCUGUAUUUUUGUUUUUUUUACAUUUCCUUGUAUAUUUAUUUAUGUAUUUAUUUAUUUAUGAAUAUGGCAGAAUUGGCUUCCCAGUUUUGCCAGAUGGCAUCAGAGUCUUACAAGUGUGUUUUUGCAUAGUGUGUGUUAUACCCUGCCAUACAGGCCAGCUUUGUGAGAUAAUUUUCACAUGCACAGACCGACCAGACCCAGCUCUAAAGCCUUGUAAGUACUGCAGAGUUGCCUUUAGCUUAACUGGAACUUGUCAAGGUUCAAUACAUAUUACUUAAAUUUUAAGCACUCUGUUAAAUUCAACUUAUCCAGGUUAACAGUGAUAUUUGUUAUAGAGAAAUAUUUUUGGUUUUUGUUCUAAUUGUAUACUGUAAAAAAAAUCCGUAGAAAUUUGCAGCUGGGUUGCCGGUAAUUAACCGUAGAUUUAAAUGCAUGUUAUUUACUGGCAACAUUUUGUUCAAAGUUAAAUGAACAUUAAACAUUAACAAGUCUUUGUCUUUAUAGAAUAAAACUAAAAAAACAACAUCAAGCAAAACAUUCUGGGAAACAAAAUCUGAAGCAAAAAACAGAAAAAGGUUGAUGAUGAUUUCUGGUUCCCAGAAUGCUUUGCAUGAGGCUGUUAUUGUAUAGUUUUAUUCUGUAAAGAUAAAGACUUGUUAAUAUUUAAAAUUUAUUUAACUUUGAACAAACUAUUGCCAGUAAAUAACAUCAAUUUAAAUCUACGGCAACCCAGCUGCAAUACCAUUGUAAUUUCUUCAGAUUUUUUUUACACAUGGCAUCUGUUUAUUUUCACCACAUUUCUAUAAAAAAAAAAAAAACUUAAGAGAGGAGGGUGGAAAAACCAACCACAAGAACUGCAUGUGGUCUGACAACUUUCUUUUUAAACAGUUUUAAACCUCAUACAGAUCUAUAUGGCACGCUAAUAAAUGUAUAAAAUAAUGACACAGAGAUUUGUUAUGUACAACAUUUACUUAAUUAUCAUUUAAAACAACAGAGAUGAAAAUACAAUUUCUUCAGGGGAUCAAGAAGUUUCAUUUUAACGUCUUACUUUCGGCUGGUAUGACACAAUGAGCUUAUGUAAAGACGUAUAAACUGCAUAAAAUGUUUCCCUUGGGUCCAGUGGAUUUUGAAAGUGAUAUUUACUUUUACAUUUUGUUAAAUGUUAAAAACUUGUGAGUCUAGUUUAUGCAUUAAACCCUCCCCAUCCUGUAUAAAGUCAUAAAAACCACUGAAACAAUGCUAAACCACUAAGAUGGAUCUGCACAUCACCAUUGUACUUCUGCUCAUUUUCAUCACUGGAGGACUCUCACACAGAUGUUAUGUGUGCGAGCCUGAAGGUAACUCAGGUGCCUGUGAAGAGAAACAGGUGACAUGUCCUGAUGGAUUUAACAAAUGUUACAGUUCAACAGAGACAGGUUUUAAUGACCUCUCUAGGUCUGUCACAUUUAAAACAUGUGCAAAAAUUUGUGAAACGAAGACUUUAGCAAAACGAGGUGGAGGAACGAUUUCUGUGAAGUGCUGUGACACUGACCUCUGUAUUUGAUCUAUAUAAUGUAUCAGCGCGUCGCUACAACGUAACAGUUCAGUUUACGAUUGGGGUCAUAAGUAGUCAAAUUAGCAAAAAAUAAAAAUAAAAAAUGAUUUAGAUGACAUAUUUUAUGGACAAAACUGACAUCUUGUAGUCGUAAAUGCGCCA